AAAUACUAGCGCUCAGGUGGGACACCUCCCGCACUCUCGUUGAGCUACCCGAGCUGCAAGCAAGCACGUUCAGAGGUUCUCCUGCAGCAACCUCCACCACCACCACCAUGAGCCAGAGCGUGAGAUCGUCUCGGGGCACGCACGUGUCCACCAGCAUGUGGAACCGCAGGGGUGGAUCGCCGCCGCCGCCUCCACGGCGCGCCACCUCGGUCGUCUCGUCCUCUCGCGAAGUCAAAAUCUCGAACGCGGCGAGCGUCUACGGCGGCGCUGGCGGCCGUGGGUCGCGCAUCUCCCGGGCGUCGUCGUUCUCGGCGGUGUCGACCGGCGGCCUGGCGGGCAACGAGAAGGAGGAGCUGCAGGGUCUCAACAACCGCCUCUCGGGGUACCUGCAGCGCGUGCGCACCCUGGAGCAGGACAACAACAAGAUCGAGCUGGAGAUCGCCGAGCUCAUGAGCCUGAGGAAGGGCGGGCCGCACGACUGGGCCAAGUGGGAUGGCAUCUUCAGGGCACUCCGAGAGGAGAUCUUCAUGCUGACCAUGGACACCACGAAGCUGGAGCUGGGGAUUCAGAACACAGACCUGGCACGCAGUGACUACUAUGAGAAGUGGGAGACCGAGCAUGCCAUCCGAAUGGCAGUGGAGGCGGACAUCCAAGCUCUCCGCAAGAUGAUCGACGACACCAACGUGGCGCGCCUGAACCUCGAGAGCCGGGUGGAGGCUCUCAAGGAGGAGCUGUCCGUGCUGCGGUACACCCAUGCCGAGGAAGUGAAGAAGCUGCUCGUGGAGAUUUCCAGCUUCGAGGUCGGCUCGGUGGAGGUGGACAGCGGCACAAAAGACAUCGAUCUCAACAAGGCCCUGGCAGAGAUCCGCAGGCAGUACGAGGAUCUCUGCCGCCAGAAUGCGGUACAGGUGGAGAGCAGCUACCUGGAGACGAUUACCAUCACCAACACUAAGGUCACUGAGAAAAUGCAGGCGCUGGAGAAAUACCGCGUGGAACUCAACGAACUGAGACGCACAACUCAAGUCCUCUUCCUGGAUUUGGAGAAUAUGCGCUCCAAGAAACUGAGCCUUGAGAAUGCCAAUGCGGAUAUGUCGGCUCGCUACGAAAUGGAGGUGUCGAGCCUGCGUGACAUGGUGAUCAUGCUCGACAAGAUCUUGGUGGACGUCAACAUGGACCUGGAACGGCAGCGCUCCGAGUACGAAAUGCUGACCAAUGCCAAGAUGCGUCUGGAGCAGGAGAUCGCCUACUACAGCAGUCUGCUGGACCAGGAGGGUCAGAUUUCUGUGGACGGCAGAAAUUUUGGGUCAACAACAACAACCAUUACCCACAUCAAGCAUACCAACUGAAGCAGCAUAUGCAACAGGCACACCUCUGCUCUGGAUUGCAGUCAUGCCAAGACAACGAAAUUAAUUUAGCAUUUUUUGUUGACAUGAAAACAUUAAAGUGGAGCAUGCGCCCCCUAGCGUGGACAGAAAUAUAUUAUCACAUAGGCCAUGUCAUGAAUUUAAAAAAAAAUUAAGCGCGUUGUUCAUCAUGCUAUACGGUGCAUUCAUUAAAUGUGUGGCCAACUCCUUCACCACAAAGCUACUGUGGUGUUUUUUUCUUCCCCCAAUUGAUAAUUUUCCUUUGCUUUGUGAAACUGAAAUGUGCUCCUUUAGCUGACUAUCUCUCCAAUAUGGCAUGCAUGUGUGUGGCACAGACACAAACAUUACAGCUUGUUUAAAUACAAAAUAAGAUUGCUGUUUGCAUAUAUGUGUCAAUAAAGUUAGGAUAUAUAAUAUAU